GCCACACGCACGCGCACACGCGCACGCACACACACACACACACACACAGAGAGCCGCCGGUACAUUGUUACAAUCCUCCCAUUUCCUGCAACAAUUGGGCUCUCCGUAGAAAGAGAAAACACGCAUCUCGUACAUGUGCCGAACGUCGGUGUGUUUAGGAAUCGAGGGCUGCGGGGAUUUAAAGAGCGAGCAUGAUGAGCGCGAGCCGCCGUGGCGCGCGCAGCGGCUGACCGAGCGGCACCGGAGCGCAGCGGCAGCACGAGCCCUGCCGCCACCACCAUGACCGUGUUCAAGCAGGAGAACGUGGACGAGCUGUACGACAUCGGAGAGGAGCUUGGCAGUGGGCAGUUUGCUGUGGUUAGAAAAUGCCGGAAGAAAAGCACGGGCUUGGAAUACGCUGCCAAAUUCAUCAAAAAGCGGCGGAGCAAAUCGAGCCGCCGAGGGGUCAGCAGAGAGGACAUCGAAAGGGAGGUCAGCAUCCUGAAGGAGAUCCAGCACCCCAACGUCAUCACGUUGCACGACGUCUUCGAGAACAAGAACGAGGUCAUCCUCAUUCUGGAGCUCGUGGCCGGAGGUGAGCUCUUUGACUUCCUGGCAGAGAAGGAGUCCCUCACGGAGGAGGAAGCCACAGAGUUCCUCAAGCAGAUCCUCAAUGGUGUCUUAUACCUGCAUUCCAAGCAAAUUGCCCAUUUUGAUUUGAAGCCAGAGAACAUCAUGCUGUUGAACAGGACCGUGCCUCACCCACGCAUCAAGCUCAUCGACUUCGGCUUGGCUCACAAGAUUGAUUUUGGAAAUGAUUUCAAAAACAUCUUUGGCACGCCAGAGUUUGUAGCUCCAGAGGUUGUGAACUAUGAGCCCCUGGGUCUUGAAGCAGACAUGUGGAGUAUCGGGGUGAUUACAUACAUACUAUUGAGUGGUGCCUCCCCCUUCCUGGGGGACAACAAGCAGGAAACGCUGGCCAACGUCUCCGCCGUCAGUUACGAGUUCGAUGAGGAGUUCUUCAGCCACACCAGUGACCUGGCCAAAGACUUCAUCGCAAGACUCCUGCUCAAGGAUCCAAAAAAAAGAAUGACAAUUGAGGACAGCCUUCAACAUCCUUGGAUUAAGCCAAAGGACACACAGCAGGCCCUGAGCAGAAAGGAGUCUGCUGUAAAUAUGGAGAAAUUUAAGAAGUUUGCUGCCCGAAAGAAGUGGAAGCAAUCGGUGCGACUCAUCUCCCUGUGCAACCGCCUGUCGCGCUCCUUCCUUUCCAGGAGCAACAUGAGCGUAGCGCGCAGCGACGACACCCUGGAUGAGGAAGAUUCCUUUGUGAUGAAGGCCAUCAUUCACGCCAUCAACGAUGACAACGUGCCGGGACUGCAACACCUCCUCGGCUCCCUGACCAGCUACGACGUGAACCAGCCGAACAAGCACGGGACGCCCCCCCUCCUCAUCGCUGCAGGCUGUGGGAACACCCAGAUCCUCCAAGUGCUCAUAAAGAAAGGUGCCGAGAUUGACGCUCACGACAAGUCUGGAGCAAACGCCAUCUAUUACGCUGCAAGACAUGGGCAUGUGGAAACUCUGAGGUUCCUGCAUGAAAAGAAAUGCCCUCUGGACAUUCAAGAUAAGUCCGGAGAGACGGCUCUUCACGUGGCAGCCAGGUACGGCAACGUGGACGUGGUGCAGUACCUGUGCAGUAUCCGCGCCAAUCCCGACAUGGCAGACAGGGAUGAAGAGACUCCCCUCCAUUGCGCCGCCUGGCACGGCUACUCGUCUGUGGCCAGAGCCCUGUGCGCGGCCGGCUGCGACGUCAACGUGAAGAACCGAGAGGGGGAGAGCCCGCUCCUGACCGCUGCGGCCAGGGGCUUCCGGGACAUUGUGGAGUGUCUGAUGGAGCGCGGGACCGACCUGAACUCCGUGGACAAGGGCGGCCACACCGCGCUCCACCUGGCUGUGCGCAGGUGCCAGCUGGAGGUGAUACGGUGCCUGCUUAGCCACCGCUGCCAUGUGGAGCAGCAGGAUCGCCACGGCAACACCCCCUUGCACAUCGCCUGCAAGGACGGAAACCUUCCUAUCGUGUCGUCCCUCUGCGAGGCAGAUGCCACGCUGGAUAUCCCGAACAAAUCUGGAAGAACACCGCUUCACUUGGCAGCUCACAACGGAGCUCUUGAAAUCGUCCGGUACCUCUGUGUCGCCGGUGCCAACACCGAUGCUGUCACCAACGAUGGGAAGACUGCGGAGGACCUGGCUGCAAGCGAACAUCAUGAGCACGUUGCAGUCUUACUGGGAAAGCUGAGAAAGGACACGCACAGAGGCACCUACAUCCAGCAGCUGCGGCCCACGCAGAGCUCGCAGCCCAGGAUCAAGCUGAAGCUGCUGGGCCAUUCGGGCGCUGGGAAGAGCACGCUCCUCGAGUCCCUCAAGUGCGGCAUCCUCAGGAGCUUCUUCAGGAGGCGGCGCCCCCGGCUGUCCUCCACCAACUCCUCGCGCUCCCCGCCCUCCCCCAUGUCCUGCAGACCCGCAGUCUCUGCGAGCAUCUCCAACCUGUAUCCGGGCUGCGAAAACGUGAGCGUGCGCAGUCGCAGCAUGAUGUUUGAGCCCAGUCUCACCAAGGGGGUCCUGGAGGUUUUCUCCCCUGUGCACAGUGCUCUCUCCGCAGCCGACGAGCAGGCCACCAAGGCCGUCGACAUUCAGACCGCCAGCCUCAGCGGGGUCGGGGACUUCAGCGUGUGGGAGUUCUCCGGCAACCCGGUCUUCUUCUGCGCCUACGACUACUUCGCAGCGAAUGACAACACUGCCCUGCACCUGGUGCUCUUCAGCCUGGAGGAGCCGUACGAGACGCAGCUGAACCACGUCACCUUCUGGCUCAACUUCCUCAAGUCCCUCACGCUGCCAGAGGACAAUAUAGCCUUCGGCGGGAAGAUGAAGAACCCGCUGCGGGUGGUGUUGGUGGCCACUCACGCGGACAUCGUGAACCUGCCUCGCUCUUACGGGGGCGAGUUCAGCUACGACAAGGAAAGGUCGCUGCUUAAGGAAGUUCGGAACAGAUUUGGGAAUGACUUGCAGAUCUCUGAGAAGCUCUAUGUUGUCGAUGCCGGAGCAUCCAAUUCCAAAGACAUGAAGCUGCUUAGAAAUCACUUGCAAGAGCUUCGUAACUCCAUUAUCUCUACGUGCCGACCCAUGACGCUGCUGUGCGAGAAGAUUUUGUCAACCCUUCCCUCCUGGAGGAAAGUCAACGGGCCCAACCAGCUGAUGUCAUGGCAGCAGUUUGUGCUGGAUGUCCAGGAGCAGAUAAACCCCCUGGUCAGCGAGAUGGACCUGCGGGAUGUCGCCUCACAGCUCCACAGUAUGGGGGAGAUUAACAUCAUGCAGAGCGAGACGGUGCAGGAUGUGGUUCUGCUGGACCCGCGAUGGCUGUGUAGUACCGUGCUGGCUAAGAUCCUGUCCAUCGAGACACCCAAAGCCAUCCAUCACUAUAGGGGGCGCUACCGUCUGGAGGAGUUGCAAAGCCUUGUGGCGGAAAGUGAUAUUGAUGAAUUGCUACAGAUUUUGGAUGCCAUGGACGUGUGUGUCCGUGAUGUUAACAACCCAACCAUGGUGGACAUCCCUGCCCUUAUCAGGACCAACGGGCUGCACCGCUCCUGGACAGAGGAGGAUGAGGAAGAGGAGGUGUUGAUCUAUGGCGGUGUGCGUUUUGUCCCCGCAGAGCACCUCACACCGUUCCCAUGCGGCCUCUUCCACAAGUUACAGGUCAACCUCUGCCGCUGGAGCCAUCAGCAGAAGCCAGAAGGAGACGACAUCCGUCUGUGGACCAACGGUGUGAAGAUUUCGCACGGUGGUGCAGAGGUCAUGGUGCUCCUGGUAAAUCAUGGCCAGGGCAUUGAGGUGCAGGUGAGAGGGCUGGACUCAGAGAAGCUGAAGUGUUACAUGUUCCUGGACCUGAUCUGCAGUAUCAUAGACAACCUGAUGGCUACCACACUGCCUGGACUACUGACUGUGAAGUACUACCUGAGCCCCCAGCAACUGAGGGAACACCACGGACCCAUCAUGAUAUACCAACCCAAAGACUUCUUCAGGGCCCAGGCUCAGAAGGAAACAUUUCUGACCAACACCAUGGGGGGCUACAAGGAGAGCUUCAACAGCAUUGUGAGUUUUGGUUGCUCGGAGGUCUACCACCAGGGCAGCCUAGGAAUGGACAUCCACAUUUCGGAUGUCUGCCUGUUGGCCAGGAGGAAGCUCUGCCGACUUCUCGACCCACCGGAUGCAAUGGGCAAGGACUGGUGCUUACUGGCUAUGAACCUUGGCAUGACGGACCUUGUGGCCAAGUACGGCACCACCAAUGGCACUCUGGAAGCGGGGGCAAUUCAGCCCAGCCCCACAGCAUUGCUCCUGCAGGAGUGGGGAAAUCAGCCCAAUAGCACUAUCGGCAUUUUCAUGGCCAAGCUCCGGGAACUGGGCAGAAGGGACGCGGCCGACUUCCUCCUGAAGUCGUCGCCUGUCUUCAGGGUGAACGUAGAGGGCACUGCUCCAGACAACUAUGCACCGACGUGCAACGGGGGCACUUCUUACAAUUCCAUCAGCUCGGUCGUAUCCCGGUGAAGUACCGUGGAUUUAGGGACGUGAAGUGCAAUCGGAACAGAGGCUGGCCCCCUCGUCACGUUGUUGCGUACAAAGACGUGGCUAGAUCGCGAGGCUCAUGUAAAUGUGAUGCUUUGUACUGUGAGAAAUACUCUUGUUACCCCUCAUUAAGGAAUGUUUUAUUCACCUAGUUUACCUGACAGUUGUUCUUCUUCAAUUAAUGAUUUGUUAUUCCAAGAUGGACAUUCAUAUUGCUGCCAUUUAUGUUUUAUUUAUAUAUUUUAUAUGUUACCAUCACCUUGUAAAAUGAGCCCUUUCUUAAAGCUUCCGUAACAUUCAGCAAGGCUUUUUAUCAAUUUUGAAUUGCUUUAUAUAUUCAAUGAUUAAGUGAACUUUAAAUAUUUGCUGACAGCUGUAUUCCUUCUGAAACUAAGAAAUUCAGUGCUUGGCAGCUGUAACUGCUGUGAAUGUGAGUGCCUUGAUAUAUGGUGGUUUACUCUUGUCAGUAAACUGUCUUUUUAGAGCAUUGUAUUAAAGAUGUUCUCUACCUCCCAAAAA